CAAGAGCGAAAAUAGCUGGCGCCGCGGCGCUGGGACAGUGUGUAGAACAUCUCCCCCCCCCCCAUCUUCGAUGAACAUCUUUCGAUUCCUCGGCGACAUGAGCCACAUCCUGAGCUUCCUGCUGCUGCUCCACAAGAUUGUUGGCGGCAAAUCUGCCGCCGGAAUCUCGCUGCGCACCGCAGAAAUGUAUGCAAUCGUCUUCUGCACGCGUUACAUUGACCUGCUGUGGAACUUUGCGUCGCUGUACAACUACCUGCUGAAGCUCCUCUUUAUCGGCGCCUCGCUCACCAUUGUCUACUUCAUGCGAUACGGCCCGUCGCAGAAGGCCACCUACAAUGCCGACGAGGAUGCCUUCCCCGUGCAGUACCUGAUCGCGCCGUGCGCCGUCCUCGGCGUCCUCAUCAACCAGGACCACUCGUCUCCGUUUGAGAUGGUCUGGGCCUUCUCCAUCUACCUCGAGGCCGUCGCCAUCCUGCCGCAGCUCUUCCUCCUGCAGAAGCAGGGCGAGGUAGAGAACCUGACCUCGCACUACGUCUUUGCGCUCGGCGCCUACCGCGCCCUCUACCUGCUCAACUGGAUGUUUCGCUUCAUGACGGAGCCAGACUACCAGCAGCGGAUCGUCUGGCUGUCGGGGCUCGUGCAGACGGCGCUCUACUGCGACUUUUUCUACCACUACUACCAGUCAAAGAAGGGCGGCCUCAACAAGUCGGUCAAGCUGCCCGUGUAGCCGUGUCCAGGGCGGGGGCCGCGAGCCUUCUCGCGAGGGCGGGGACCCGGGUAGGCAGCCGCUCGUGUGCGGAGCAAGCGGGUGGCGGGGUGGGGCGGCGGGCGUGGCCGCCGCCCCGCCCGGCCUUGCUCCCGCCUCCCGGCCGCUUCCCGGAGUACCACACGCGUCGAACCACACAUGCGUGCGAGUUGCUGUGAGUGAGAGAGAGCGAGAGAGCGAGAGAGCGAGAGAUCGAGCGGAGGGGACGAGAGGACGGCGCGCGAGCGAGGAACCGCGACCACUUAUUAUUUCGACAUUUUU